UACGCUGUUUUCUUCUCUGACAGCCGAAGAAGAAGAGUGAGAAGAAGAAGAAGAAGGAAGAUGUCCUCUGUGAAACUGGGGGCGCUGUGCACCGCAGCUCCGGGGCUGGCGGGCCUGUUGAUCGGCUCCGUGUCCGCUGCUGCUGCUGCGGAGGGGAAGAAGAAGAACUCCCAGCCGCUGCUGAGCCUGGAUGAGCUGCCGUCUCUCUACACCACACCUGAAGCAGGACCCGUCUGCACGGAGCCAGACGUCAGCCCGUUGGAGCAGAGCGUCGCCUCGCUGAGGAAAUGGGCGGAGCCGUACACGAGCCAGUGUCAGCAAACCAGUCAGGCUGCGAUGGGGAAAGUUGAGCAAGUGUACAAGACCGUGGAGCCUUCAGUGAACUUGUCAAUAACCACAGUCACAGACGUGUACCAGUUCCUCAGUGACCCCCCCCCUGACCUCUACCCCAGUGUGGCAGCGAUUGGUUUUUCUGGUUUCCUGGGACUUUACUUGGCCAAAGGCUCCAGGGUGAAGAGACUCUUAUUUCCAGUCGGACUCAUGGCUCUGAGUGCGUCCAUGUUUUACCCUCAGCAGGCCGCAGCCUUGUUAAAGGGGAGUGGAGACUCUGUGUUCACCUGGGCUCAGCAGGGCCGAGUCACGCUGGAGACUCUGUGGAAAGAACCUCCGUUUGGUAAAAAGAAGAAGUCUGAGAAGAAAGAGCAAACAGAGAGCAAGGACUCGAGCAGCUGAGACGACAGACGUCCAGCUGCCGGGGACUCACUCACUCGCACGAACUUGUUCUUUAGGUUCAUUCUUUGAAUAUUUUAAUGUGAGCGUCCGACCGGAGCUUCAGAUUCUGACCUGCUGCUGAGUGUGAGUGUGAUGGACGACCCCCUCCUGAGCGCUGACGCCUGUUCUAUGAACAAACUCAUCACACGUCUCAUCUGUUCACAUUCCAUUCAACCCCCCCCCCCCAAAUGUAACCAGUACCAGUUUCUUUCUCAAUGACUUCAGCUCCUCCAGUUUCUAUUUAAUCAAUCAAACAUCUCACAGUGUUUUUAGUUGUCAACAAAACAUCUGUAACAUCUGCCACCAGCAGAUGAAGAGCAGUCACACUUAAAAACAUGAAACUGUUAAAUCUCAGAAGUAUUGAAAAGCAUAAAAAUAAAAUGAAAUUAAAUCCAUUAAUCAAUAACCACAGAAAUAAUUUAUAUGAUGUUAUAUUUUAUAUGUCAAAGAUUGAAAGUCGCACUGAAGAACUUUUUCUUUUGUUUCCGACCUUUUUUAUUUAUAAUUGUUAUUUGCACUCGUGAUGGGAACGCGAUGAUUGAAAAGUAUUGAUAGAAGGAAUUUCCCAGUUGCCACCACAGCUCUGGACUGGGUUUAUGUUCUCAGUCUGUUUUAAUUUGUCUCGUAAACGUUUUUCGUUAUUCACAAACAAGGAGAUUGACGAGAUGCUAUUGGUCAAGAUUUAUACUGAAAAACAAGCUGGAGCUGAGCAGGGGAAGAAAAAUCUGGAAAUGGAGCUUUAUUUCUUUGAAGAUAUCACUGGCUGUGUUUUAUGAAGGAGAGUGUUUGUGCUCUGAGGUGGUGGAGGAGGAAGUGGAGGAGGAGGUGGUGGUUGAGGAGGAGGAGGAGGAGGGGGGGCGCUUGACACUGUGUCACUGUCGUCUCGGUUCAACAGAAUAUUUUCUGAAGUUCCUUGAUUAGCUCACACUCUCGUUCACUAUUUAUUUGCCUUGCCAUUUGCUUUAAGUUGCAUUCCAUAUAGAAUUUAAUUAUUAACAAACUGGAUGAGACUGUGAUUAUUGUCCAUGAGUGAAAUACACUGUAUAUACUUUCUGAGGAUUUAAUCUGAAUGUCAUUAAACACAGAAUUAAUCUGA